GAGGAUCUGUCAGAGAGCCAAUGGGAUUUCUUCAUUUCAAGGUGCUUGCUUGUGUGCCUGUGUCCCUGUGUGCUUGUGACGCCUCUUUGACCUCAAACCAUCGUCAUCCAUCGUAUCUCAUAUCUCAUAUCUCAUCUCACUCCUCGAGCAUGUUCAACACAACAUACCUACUGCAUCGUUAACCAUAUACAACAGCGUGUUGAAGUUGAUCCGUUUCCUUUCGUUUCUCUCUUCCAUAAACACCUUCUCAAAGAUGAGGUACAAGUUAUCUACAUCUUGUUCUUCUACUGGCAGGGUUACAGCUCACCUACUAUUAUCUUUCCUGGCCUUAUCGACACCGAUAAGUGCAUCGGAUUCAACCCAUCAACAACAACAAAAGCAGCAGCAACCAAUAUUGCCCAUAUUGCCGCCUUUGAUUCCAGAAUUAAAUGCUGGACAGGAUUCGGCUGGGAAUCAUGUAUUUUCCCUUCGCCACGUCUUCCAUCAUGGAACGUACGAAUACCCUCGACUGCAUAAACAACUCGAUAUUCUAGAUACCAAGUCCAAGGCGUCGGUAUGGCUGGAGUCCGAAGAUGGAAAGGGGCCAUUACAAGAGGUAACACGGCCAUUGGUUGUGAAGAAGAGCCCGGUGAAGAUAGAACGAUUAAAAGACAGGAGACCUUCAGUGGUUGAUCCAAUGGUGGCGGCAUCAAGAGAGAGCGGAGAUGUAUGGGCAUUAUCGCCAUCGGCCUGGACUGUUGACGAAAUUGCUGGGCCGGAUGUUACAGAUAAGGAUACAAUCAUAACGUUGGCACAAAUGGCAGCGAACGCCUAUGUGAAUAAACCAGAAACAGGGGAUUGGAAAGACGUCAAUGGGGGGUUUAAUCGAACCGACGACUAUGGAUUUGGUUGGGAUGCCGACGGGCUACGAGGUUAUAUCUAUAUGGAUGAGUCGAACUCGACAAUUGUCAUAGGAUUAAAGGGAACGAGUCUUGCGGUGUACGAUGGAGAUGGGACAACUACAAACGAUAAGGAAAACGACAAUUUGUUCUUCAGUUGUUGUUGUGGUCAACAAGGUGCUUCUUUUUACCGACAAGUCUGCGAUUGUGCUACUGGAACCUACACUUGCAAUGUAUCAUGUCUCAAGAAAAGCCUAAGUUCAGAAAAUCGAUAUUACACUGCAGCUCGACACCUGUACUCCAAUGUCACAGCUCUUUAUCCAAACGCAAACGUGUGGAUGUCAGGCCACUCUCUUGGUGGAUCGGUCAGUUCUAUGUUAGGGUUGACAUAUGGUAUUCCUGUUGUUACAUUUGAGGCCGUUCCAGAUGCUCUACCCGUAAGUCGUUUAGGUCUACCAGCGCCACCAGGUCACAAUCCAAGUACACCACAAAAGCGCGAAUUUACUGGAGCUUAUCAUUUUGGACAUACUGCCGACCCAAUCUAUUUGGGAACAUGCAAUGGGGCUACCGCUUCUUGUUCAUACGCUGGAUACGCGUUAGAAAGCUCAUGCCAUAGCGGUAUGGAAUGUGUUUACGACGUCGUAGCCGAUCACGGGUGGGGAGUGCAUAUCUGGUCGCACAAGAUCAUAACUGUAAUUGAGCAAAUCAUCAAAGUCUACGACACAGUACCAGUAUGCAAAUUUACACCGGAAUGUGUAGAUUGUCCACUUUGGAAAGAGGUAGAAGGAAACAGCAGUAGCACAGCCACUUCACCGCCAUCGACGUCAACCACAACCACGAAUACUCGGAGUCGUACCUCUACGUGUAAAACACCUGGAUGGUGGGGGUGCCUAGAUGAAGAUACAUCUACAACCUCCAAGCCUACGACCAGUGUACCGGUUACUACCACAUCGACAUCAACAUCAACUUGCAAAACGCCUGGCUGGUUUGGCUGUAAAGAUGAGAAAACUGCCACUGAAAGCAGCAGCAGCAGUAGUACUUCAGUGCUACACACACCAACUUCCACCUCUUCCGCCACGAGCACAACAUCAACAACAACUUGUGAGCAUCCUGGCUGGUUUGGUUGCAAAGACCCCACUUCCACUUCCACAUCCGCCUCUGUCUCGAGCACAAAAGAUUCAUCCCAUUCCAUAACCUCCGCACCACCUCUCCCUUCGCCCACAACCUCAACCCCAUCAACUACAACCCAAACAUGCACCUCUAAAAAUUGGUUUGGUUUCGUCUGCGUUGAUCCUUCGCCUGAUGUAAACCCGACGCCUAGCGCAACACCAAAACAUAAGGAAACAUGUUUGAAGAGGAAUUGGUGGUUUAAAUGUACAGAUUCGAAUGUGGAAUUGUAAAUGGAGUAAUAAAAUGGGACUAAUCAUUGGGAAUGAGAGGAAUUACUGGCAAAUUCAAAUCUCUACUCAGUCGCUUUAACCUCCGAAUUCAAUUGGAAUUGCCAGAAGAAUUCUGAUUCAGCAUAAAGUACGAACAUUUACGGACCCUUCACCUUUUUUUUCACGCCGAUCAAAUAAGAUAGAGGUAGAGUCGCUUGGCGGGGAUGUAGACAAGAAUGUAAUUUGGCGACGAAAUUUUCGUUGCAGUCAUUUGGAUUUAGAAGCAUAACGUACACGCAUACAUCCAUACCGAUACGCAAGCAUAGCAUCAUAUUAGCAGAGGCGUUUUCUCUUUCUUGGUUUAUUGGGGUUUAGUUGGGAAUAGGCUGGUUUUAUGGGAUAGGUCAGGAUAGGAUAGGAUAGGAUAGGUGCAUAUAGUUGGUUAAUUACACAUCAUGAAUGUCAUACUUUUUA